AUGGAAUUCCCAGGAAAUGCAAGCACCAAUGUUCAUCUUAUUGAUGGCUUCUCCACCAUUUAUUGGCGAAUCUACACCGAAGAGCCAAGCAUUGGCCAACCUGCACCAGAGGGGCCAUCUAAUGGCUAUACGAUCUUGAAGCAUCUUGGUCGUCUGAAAGACCUAGAAGCUCGACUGAGGAAUUUAAAUUGUCUAGCAUCUUGUCCAAGGCGCCUUGGGCUAUGGGUGUUCUCUCCUACUCCAGACUUUGAAAGUUUAGCUUCUCUGUACAAAGAAGAUGACAAGGAAUCUAAAAAAAUUCAAAUUGAAUCGAGCAUUCUUAAAGGUGAGAUCGUGCUGUUCGACACUUUGAUAAUCGUGGGGGCCUUACCACUCGGGUCCCGCACGCUCUUUACUGCAAUUGAAAAAUUCGGAUAUGAGAAUUCCCGGGUCGACAAUGAAAGUCCGCUCUCCACGUCCUGUCUUACAACUCUUCAGGUGCAAUUAAAUGCCCCCGGAACAUUGACCAUCUCCACUCAAACUAUCUCCCAAGCUGGCAUUAAACGGCUAUCUAACCCCCAAUAUGACAUAGCCGAUGAUCUCAAAGUACAGACAGGUACAGACCUCUGGCUUAGUCCCAGUGGCACAGUUGCCCGUCUUGUAUCAGCAAAUAUUGAAUCCCAGAGUGUUCCUUCGCCGGGAUUUCCACCUUCCGGGGUUGCCUUGGCGCGACGAAAGCAAUGGAAGUUGGAUGUUACACAUUGGGUAGCCAACUUUGGCCUGCAUAUAGACUCCAUUGACGAGGAGCCCUGGGUCGAAGUAGAGGUCUGGGAGCCCUUUUUUGCUAGGUUUGCCGGCGAAGCAUGGCGCCAGAAUGAUGAAUCACAAUUAUCCUCCCUCCCUUUAAAGCGUAUGCUAUGGCCGGCGCGAUUCUGUUUCCAACGAACUGGUCCACCGGUACGAGCCUCUUGGCUUGAACGCACUAAGGAUGACCCACUUGAUUUUGCAGAAAAGUGGUCUUCCGAUGCAAGCUCCCUGAAAAUGCCUCCUCAUAUGCUUAAGAAUCCUCCGAUUCUGGAAGAGCCUCAAACAAAACCCAACGACGCGUCAUCUCCCAGAGCUGAUAACCUCGACAGUCUUGAGAGCCUUUCUCGCAUGGCACAAUAUCCCGACUUGCAGAACACUAGUCUAGUUUAUCCCACUCCCCCAGAGGGUGUUAUGGCUAUUGGGUUAAACAGCGCAAAUCAAUUCGAUGCUACCCCCGACGAUGUUGCAUUCAAACUGUCACCCGUUCUUCCACAAGAUACAAAGAAUCCUGAGCUCUCUCCUGAUAUUGUAAUUGGAACUAGCCGAUAUGAUGCAACUGACGAUGAGGACUUAUUCGGAGAGAUCAAUGGGAGAGACUUUGGGUCCAAAGGGAUCACCGAUGACGAUUUCAACUUUUUUGAUGAUCCGGACCUCGAAAAUAUGGAUGGCGAGACAUCAAUUGACCAACCCGAGGAAAUCCUGCAGCCUAUUAAACAGUCAGAUGAUCCAGAGGACAAAAAGGUUGAUAGUGAAGAGCUUCUCAAUGGGGGCCCUGCCCACAGUUCAAUUGCUGCUGACGCUGUCAAGGAGGAAACAUAUUCCUCUUUAUCAGACGCAGUUGAACCAGAACAGAGUGAUGGACAGAUGGAAUUAGACGGAUCUCAAUCUCCUCCAGGUAAGACAGCCCAAACUGUCAGUCCGCCAUUGAGCCCUGUGGAAAUCAAAAAGAUUUUGUUUUCCGGGUCACAAACACAGGAACUCCAGACUUCCGAAGCACGUCUUACUGAGAAGGGCCACUAUCGCCCCGUUGCCUUCGAAAGUAGAAUUGGAGAAUGGGAUCAAAAGUACGGGUCAAAAGGCAAAUUUUGGUUUGCUUCUGGCAAGGUACCAAAUGGAUCCGAUCAAAACACAAACACUAUCCCUACCAUUGGACUGGCACAUCGCAGCCGAGCGGGUACCACUUCGAGUACCGCAAAAAUUUGUAACAAGGAUGCGUCGCCAUUAACGCUAGAGUCGUCUUUCGAUUCAAGCUAUGAUAGCGACGACGAUAGCGACGACAAUAGCGACGAAAUAUCUUUACAUUACGCCCCGACCCCGAAUCUGGUGAUCCUUCCAUCGUUGAAAAGAAAGCGUCUACCUUCUAUAUCCGAUAUCCAACCUGCUGCAUCCCCGGCCAAGUCAUCGAGCGGGCCUGAUACAAGCGCUGGGCUGCAGGUCGAGAAUUGCACAUUUCUGGGAAACUUCCUUGCUAACUUUUCUGAUUGGUCUUUCAUCGGCUACUUCUCCACCCUUCAAAUCCAACAAGUACCUAUACUUCUGCGACGUGAAGAUCACAUCGCAAUUGCCCAGAUUGUGGUAGAUCAAAUAACGCAGUCGUCUCUGGAUUAUCCAUUGGGGGGUCGAAUCAGUCUUUUUGGUCUCGAAAGUGACAUCGUAUCUUUUCAUACAUGUAUUGAAGAAGCCAGCUUUCUUGGAGAAGUUGUAAAGCUUGAUCUCAAGGGAUACACUUCUUUGCAGGAAGAUACAACUGACUCCAUCCAGGAACCCAAUGGCUCUAUCACCAAGAUUUCAGCUCCCCAUUUUCGGUUUCGUCGUGGUAAAGAGUUCCUCGAAGCUCUUCCACCGGCGGUUUCAUUUUGGGAGACUUUCGGUCUUGAGCCUGCUCAUGGAGCAAAAGACGUUUCGGCAUAUUGCAUCCAUCCAUUUUCCAUCAGCAAAGCAGCAGAUGGAUUUCUGCGUCGCUUCGGUCUUACGUAUGAGAGCUGCCACUUUGGAAAUCAUGCGCGAGGCGACAAGUCAGUGACAUUCAACAACGGAUUGCGGUCAUGGGAAGCCGAGUCCUACAGCUAUGCCUCAAUGAUGCAAUCCUUGAAGGGCAUGUGCGAAGAAUUGGGCACGGACUUGGCACAAGCUUCAUCAAGUGCAGAUACUUGUGUUGUCUAUAUCGUCAAUCCCUUCCCUCACGCAGCAGCACUUGCCGAUGUCUGUGCGGCCUUCUGGCACCUUAUGCAACAGUUGGUGGCCGAUGCCGAUUUCCGACAGGCGCCUCAGGUCACAGAGGUCGCUUUACAAAUUAUCCCGAUGGAUUUUAUCGUAUCACUGGAUUCCAUGGUGGUACCUACGCAGAUGGAGUAUUUGAAUCUCGCACAAGAAGUUUACAAUCGCUGCCGCCCCAUAGACACCGACCCGAGUCCUUUACUCUGUACACCAGCUGUUGUGCUUGCUGAUACUGUCCCAAAAGUUAUUCAUUUCCGUCUUGCAUCUGACAAGGGAUCACCGCUUCAAGAUGGGCGAGUCCUACAUAUAGCGUGCUCUAAGAGCGCGGAUCAGCGCUGGCUAUCAGUUGCAUGGACGGACGGAUCUGGGUCUCUCCAGACAAGCAUGUCCUAUUGUCUACGGUAUAGCAAUCGAGGACCUGCCAGGUUGCUAUCCGAAGUAAGGAAUGAGAUAUGGACCACUACAAGACACAUCAUGGACAGAUAUCAGGCUCGGUGGAAAGUUAUACUGGUCAAUUCCGAGCCCAUUGACCCAGAAGAGCUAGAAUUCUGGACCACUCUGGCAGCACAUCAGAACAAGAUGCGACCAGGAUCUAUAGAGCUGAUCAUUCUGGCUGUCAGCACCAUCCCUGAUCUAGUGCUCGAACUACCUGUCUCUCCGAUGACCACGGCUGUGCUGAGCUCCAAUUACUCAUCUACUCCAGUCUCAACUCCCAACCCUAGUUUGAGUGUCGCUUCUCCAGAGCAAUCGGGGAAUGCUCCCACCCCCGGCGCCAUCUACAACGCCCCCACACCCACCGAGCCCUCCUUCGAACCGGAUUCAGAGCUUGUGCUUGCUGAUCUGUGUGACGAAUCCUGGGCAGUCAUUCUCUCUCACCGUCUCAACACCACACCUCAUGUCACUGAAUUCCGGCCUGCUCUAGCUAGCGGGUAUUUACUUCGACGUAAAGGCGCUAGCGACAGUGACGGCAUAUUCUCGGCGACAAUCAACCUCAUUUACUCAUCACAGACAUCCCAAUCUCCACCCCCCGAAGUUCUUUUGAAAGAUAUCAUAAGAAUGUAUCGCGAUCUUGCAUCAAUUGCCCGAGCAAGAGGUUUGCGCAGUGUACAGAGCAAUACACUACCCUGGCAUAUUGCUACUGCCCUUCGAGCGCAGGAGCUCUUGAGCUAUGUUUUUUAA